CUGGCAUCCCUGCCGGGUGGUGUGUGCGGCUUAUGAAUUGUGUAUCUGUAAUUUACUGUAAUUUUAAUUGUAAACAAUGUAUUUUAAAAAUCAAUCAUAUUCAUACGUGCAAGAAUAAAAUCUAAUCAAAACUUAAGCCAAUGUUGUAAUUUAAGGGCAUUUAUUUAGUUUUGUAUUGAUGUGAGGUGCUCGUGCUUUGUCUUCGUGUGUGACAAUAUACUCAAAAUGGCGCAUCAACUGGCACCGUCUGUAAAUACUUCACUGGACGACAUUGACCUCAGUGCAUUAAAGGACCCGGCUGGCAUAUUUGAACUAAUAGAAGUUGUGGGCAAUGGCACCUAUGGACAGGUAUACAAGGGUCGUCACACAAAAACAGGGCAACUUGCUGCCAUCAAGGUUAUGGACGUCACACAGGAUGAGGAGGAAGAGAUAAAACUAGAGAUCAAUGUCCUAAAGAACUAUUCCACUCAUCGUAAUAUAGCUACCUACUAUGGUGCUUUCAUUAAAAAGAGCCCUCCUGGAAAAGAUGAUCAACUUUGGUUGGUCAUGGAAUAUUGUGGCGCUGGGUCUGUGACGGAUUUGGUAAAAUCAACUAAGGGACAGUCAUUAAAAGAAGAAUGGAUUUCAUAUAUUUGUAGAGAAAUCCUAAGAGGUCUCAGUUAUUUACACUCCAAUAAAGUAAUACAUCGAGAUAUCAAAGGACAAAAUGUGCUUCUAACUGAUAAUGCUGAAGUCAAACUUGUUGACUUUGGAGUGUCAGCUCAACUGGACCGAACAAUUGGCAGAAGGAACACAUUCAUUGGCACUCCAUACUGGAUGGCACCAGAGGUCAUCGCGUGUGAUGAGAACCCUGAAGCGACAUACGACAAUCGGUCUGAUCUCUGGUCACUUGGUAUCACUGCCCUUGAGAUGGCAGAGAGUCAACCACCUCUAUGUGACCUGCAUCCUAUGAGAGCACUGUUUCUCAUUCCAAGAAACCCACCUCCUCGUUUAAAAUCUAAGAAAUGGGCCAAAAAAUUUCAUGGUUUUAUUGAAACCGUGCUUGUAAAAGACUAUCACCAGCGUCCGUACACUGAGCAACUUUUGAAACAUCCAUUUAUCAGGGAUCAGCCUACAGAAAGACAAGUGAGAAUACAGUUGAAAGACCACAUAGACAGGUGUAAGAAGAGAAAGCAGGAUAACUCAGUGAGGGAGGACUACAAGUACUCCGGUUCGGAGGGCGAAGAGGAGGACAACGCGGUCGCCGGGGAGCCCUCGUCCAUCGUGCACAACGCCGCCGCGCACCAGGGCGGCGACACGCUGCGCAGGAACUUCCAGCAGAUACAAGAGGGCAGAGCCGCCGAAGCGCAGCAGCCACAGCCGCCGCCCAAACGUAACAGCAAACGUGAAGAGCGUGAGGAGAUACCAGAGCCUGGCCCACCGGCGAGGCCGUCCAUUCCACAAAGACUGAUUGUAGUGCCAGACCCGCAGGCACAACAGCCAAAUAGAUAUAGACCCCUGCCGCCCACGCCGAAGUCGUCGGGCUCGUCCAACAGCUCGGGCUCCAACAACGGCACGCCGCAGCCGCCGCAGCGCGGCUCGCACCACAUAUUCAAGCCCAUGCUUCCGCCGCGGAGGCCGGAGGAUCUGGACAAAUUGGCGGCGCAGCUCAACGAGUUUGCUGUCGUAUCCGGGAACGAGCCGCCCAACCGACCGCCGCGCGCCCCCACUAAUGGACAAGGGCCGCCGGUGGAGCGCAGCGCGCCCGAGCCACCGUUCGAGGAGUCUGACAGCGACUCGGAGGCGGAGGAGAGCGGCGGCCGCGUGCGCAACGACGGCACGCUGCUGGCUAGCGACCCGCCCAAGCCGCUUCCCGAGUUCUGCUACAGGCCGGGGCUGAGCGCGGUGGCGGAGGACGGCUGCGGCGGCUGCGCGCCCACGCGCCCGCUGCCGCCCACGCCCGACGACGACGACCCGCACGCCGACCGCACGCUCGUCAAGCGGCAGAGGGAGUCGCAAAAUAAUAAAAGACAAUCGGAUGUCGACGAAGCAGUUCUGCUGAAGGAUUGGGACUUUGCCAGAUUUUUCCCUUCGAGAAAUGCUGAUAACAAAGAAGAAAAACAAGAUCUCACGAAAGACUCCGAGCACAUGCGUGCGCAACUCCAACGUCAGUCCCGAAUCGAAAUGGAGGAUGCGUGGGUUAAAUACAAAGCUACAGCCACGCCGCCGGCGCGGCACAAGCAACUCCAAAAACCUAGCGAAAAGACUACACAGGAAAAGUUAACCGAUAUUCUAAAGUACAAAAGAGACCAGGACUCCGAAGUACAGUCUCCUAACAGAUUCUUCAGAGCAUUCAGGCGCGAGAACUCCGAUCUGUUUCCACUGUCGAGCACGAGACAUUCCGCAAUUUACUUUCCUAAGCACGACAACCAAGCGGGCGCGAAGCCGCUGAGAUCCAGCGGGAUCUUUAAUCAUUCGCGCAAGCAAACCAACAAGCCGCAAACCUCGGGCGAGCCCGUCCUGACAGAUUUCAUUAAAAUGAACGAUAGUUUAAAAAUGGCACAGAGAAACGAAACAAAGAAAGUCGAGAAAAAGUGUGCGGAGAAGAAGGCCGCAGCUAACAACCCCGCCGAGGCUCUGAAGAGCGUCGCCGUGCUGCUGCGACAGGACAGCGGCGACAGCGCGGCGGGCUCGCCCGACGUCGCCGCGGACGCGCCGCCGCGCCCGCGCAGGGAAAAGACCGAGUCCGAUAUUGUAUUUCGAAGGAGUUCCCUAUAUAACCGGCACACAGAGCUCGUAUCGAGUGGGCAGGAAGCGGUAAUCGCACAGGAUCAGGGUCGAUCGAGUGGUAAUAACGAAGGCAGCGGCUCGCGGACGAGUUCCGUGCUACCGGACUUGCUGAGUCAGGCCGGCCAGCCGACCACCCCGCCGCGGCACGACAAGUCCACCAGCGAAGAGUAUAGGCAAGCGAUCGCGACAGGCGCGCCCCACCACCACCACCACCCGUCCCCGUCCUCCGUCCAGUCGACCCCGUCCAAGUCGUUCGUGGCGGGCGCGGCGACGCCGCUCGCGCACGGCCUGCAGCACUCGCCGUCCAACUCGUCGGUGGGCUCGCAACAGUUCCUCCCCUUGCAACAGAAGCAGCGCUCGUUCCUCACGUUCGGCUUCGGCGCGGGCGCGGCGGGCACGGGCACGGGCGGCUCGGGCAACGCGUCGCGGCGCGAGAGCCACGUCAACGUCAACGUCACGCCCACCGGCCACGACCUGUCGUCCGACACGCCCGAGAUCCGCAAGUACAAGAAGAGGUUCAACUCCGAGAUCCUCUGCGCGGCGCUGUGGGGCGUCAACCUGUUAAUAGGUACAGAGAACGGUCUCAUGUUGCUGGACCGCUCCGGUCAGGGCAAAGUGUACCAGCUGAUCUCCAGGCGCCGCUUCCAACAGAUGGAAGUGCUAGAAGGACAAAACAUACUCGUCACCGUCUCGGGCAAGAAGAAUCGUGUUCGCGUGUACUACUUGAGCUGGUUGAAGUCGAAGAUCUUGCGUACGGACGGUGCGAAUGAUCAAGUGGAAAGGAGGAAUGGCUGGAUCAACGUGGGCGAGCUGCAGGGCGCGGUGCACUUCCGCAUAGUCAAAUACGAGCGGAUCAAGUUCCUCGUCAUCGCUCUCAAGGACUCCAUUGAAAUAUACGCGUGGGCUCCCAAACCAUAUCACAAAUUUAUGGCCUUCAAAAGUUUUGGUGACUUACAACACAGGCCUUUAUUAGUUGAUUUAACUAUUGAAGAAGGAACAAGACUGAAAGUAAUUUAUGGAUCAGCAGACGGCUUCCACGCUGUCGACCUCGACACUGCCAGUGUAUAUGACAUUUAUAUUCCAAAACAUACGCAAGGCGCUAUAGUUCCACAUUGCAUUGUACCACUGCCUAAUUCCAAUGGCGUGCAGCUAUUAUUGUGCUACGACAACGAGGGUGUCUACGUCAACACUUACGGCAGAGUUAGCAAAAAUAUACUUCUGCAGUGGGGCGAGAUGCCCACGUCGGUGGCGUACAUCGGCACGGGGCAGAUCAUGGGCUGGGGCAACAAGGCCAUCGAGAUCCGCUCGGUGGAGAGCGGCCACCUGGACGGCGUGUUCAUGCACAAGAAGGCGCAGCGGCUCAAGUUCCUGUGCGAGCGCAACGACAAGGUGUUCUUCUCGUCGGCCAAGGGCGGCUCGUCGUGCCAGAUCUACUUCAUGACGCUCAACAAGCCCGGCAUGGCCAACUGGUAGUGACGACACUUGUGAUAAUGACAGAUUGAUAUGUGCUCAAAAGACAAUCCACAAAUAUUACACUUUCGUAUUCGAUGACCUUUAUCUUUUGACGAAUGUGGCGUUUUGUACUGAAUACUGUAAUUUCAAUACGAGCUACUGAGAAAUAUAUAUUAGUAAGCAAUAACCUAUAGGAUAAAUGUUUUGAUAUUGACAAUUAUUCGUAAGUUAAUACGCUUAGGUUUUACGUUGCAGGUGUUAAUUUCUGUAAGAAAAUGUAAUUCAAAUCAAACGAUCAUAUUAUGCCAUAUAUUGUUUAUAAUGCUAGGCUAGUUGGGUGAUGAUUUACAUACGUAAUUGCGUUUGUUAAUUUAAUUUACACAAAGGUUGAUGCCAUGUUGAACAUAUUUGUAUUAUUAUCGACAAACUUACAAAUUAACACAAUUCGAUUUAGAUACUGUAAAUUACCCACGAUUCUAUAAGGUUUAAAUAAGAAAUUGGCACUUAGUCAAGUCACCGUGUAUGAUAAUAAUCACACCAAACUGCAAUAAUUUUAUUAAUGGAUAAAUCCUAAAAAAUUUGGUACUAUUUAUUAUUUAUUUGUUAUGUACUAUAUUAUUUACAUGUAUAAAGAUGUAACUGUGCAUAUUGAAAAUUAUAUAUUUGAUGACUUUUUAUUUGAAAUUCCUUAGCCCAAUAAAAAAAACGAAAUAU